AAACCUAUUGUCGUUUGGGCUUGGUCGUGACAAUGUUUUGUUGAUGUGUCAUCCGUAUGCCGUAGCAUGACGCAGACAUCGCUGGACACAUUGUCUCAAUUAACAAGAAGGGUUUGUACUAGCUACAAGUAAAUAUCGUGUUGACUGACCAGCCGACCACAAUGUCCAAGUUCUCGCCCCGAGGUCAGUCCCAGAUCAUGGUCCUGAACGGCAGCAUCCUGAACAUCCACCUCUCGGAGCAGCAGCACAUCAUCGUCAUCAACAGCACGCACAUCGGCGUGGGGCCGCACGAGGCCUUCAAGGACAGUCAGCUGAACGAGCUGCUCUACGUCAUCAUCGUCAUCGUCUUCUACGCCACGGCCUUGAUGACGCUCAUCAUCACCCAGAUCAAGCGACAGCGGCGGGAGGGCACGGAAGUCGACUACUACGACGAGUACCUGCAGAGGAAUUCAGAAGUCAAGCAGACGUGUCAGACAGCGACCAAUAUCGUUACCAAGGCGACGCGCCCGCCGCCCGCUUUAGCCACUGCCGCCUUCGCUGCGGCCGCCGCGGGCACCCUCCUGGGGAGAGUGCCAAUUAUUCCCGACGAGACCACGGAGAAUUUAAUCAGCGAGUCUGAGGAUGCCAGGGAACACCCAGUAGGGACAAAGGGCUGCUUGAGCUCGGAGUUUGGGCCUUCACGAGGCCUGAGCUCAGAGCUGGGGCCGUCAAGAGGGCUGUACCAGAGAGAGAGGUCACCCAUGCGUGACAAGUCGCCCAUGCUUGAGAGCAUCCCUGACGAGGAGGCUUAACAAUACUGACAAUAAGUUAACAAUACUAACACUAAGUUAACAAUACUGACACUAAGUUAACAAUACUGACAAUAAGUUAACAAUACUAACACUAAGUUAACAAUACUGACAAUAAGUUAACAAUACUGACACUAAGUUAACAAUACUAACACUAAGUUAACAAUACUGACAAUAAGUUAAAAAUACUAACACUAAGUUAACAAUACUGACAAUAAGUUAACAAUACUGACAAUAAGUUAACAAUACUGACACUAAGUUAACAAUACUGACAAUAAGUUAACAAUACUGACAAUAAGUUAACAAUACUGACACUAAGUUAACAAUACUGACACCGAGUUAACAAU